AAUCCACAUACGGAUCCAACCAAACGGUUCAUUGUCGGAUAACCUUAUCCUUCUCUCCCGUUACUGAAUCAACCGAAAAAAAAAAAAAAGAAGCAGCACGCUCUUCCAUUUCUUAAGAUCAAUGAAAAAAACAAUUCUUUGGAUGAUGAAUUGGAGUUUAAUUUCAUGUUAAUUUAUUUAUUCGGAGAUAAAAACUUUCGUUACUUAAGAGAUUAAGAACUCCUCCAUUAUUACAAUGUGGAUUGCAGCAACAUCAACGUCGAGUUCAACCUUGUCUUUCUUUCAAAUACAAUGCUCUGAUUCUAACCGUAAACGGGGUUUCGGUCCCAGAAAAUCCAAUCAAAAGGCUACAUCAAAGGAGGAGAAGGGUUUUAACUUACAACAAAGGAAAUUAGCUAGUAAGCAGUCCGGUCCUUCACCUGCUGCGGCACCUGGUUUAAGUGUUCAAUUUGAUGGAAAAUCUAAUAGCCGUUCCUUGGACAUUGACUUUGAGGAAAGGCUGAAAGCAAUUAGAAGGGCUGCACUUGAACAAAAGAAGGUAGAGGAACAAAAAGAAUUUGGACCAAUUGACUAUGAUGCACCUGUUGAAUCAGAGAAGAAAACAAUUGGUCUUGGCACUAAGAUUGGAGUAGGAAUAGCUGUUGCGGUCUUUGGUCUAGUUUUUUCCCUUGGAGACUUCCUACCAGGAAGUGUCAAUCCACCUGAGGAAGCUGCAGUGAUUGACAAGAAACUGUCACGAGAACAGAAAGCUAUUCUUGAGACUAGGCUGGCACAGUUUGAGGCAACACUAAGUACCUCUCCAGAAGAUGAAACUGCACUUGAAGGAGCAGCAGUUACAUUAACAGAAUUAGGGGACUAUGCACGUGCAACUUCUCUGCUUCAAGAGUUGGUGAAGGUGAAAACAAGCGACCCUGAGGUUUUUCGUUUGCUUGGAGAAGUUAAAUAUGAACUUAAGGAUUAUGAUGGCAGUGCUGCUGCAUAUAAACUUUCUGCUGCGGUAUCCAAAGAUGUCGAUUUUGAGGUUUUACGUGGCUACACAAAUGCAUUGCUUGCUGCUAAAAGGCCUGCUGAGCACUGUAAACUGAUUCAAAAGUUGAAUUAUAAGGCAGUUCAGUUCCUUCUGUCUUGUCGUGAACGCCUGAAUAUGGAAAGAUCAACUGGGCCUGAUCCCAUGGCUGAAAGCAGUAAAAUGGAAACAGAACCACAGAAUCUGGAUCGUAUUCAGGUUGAUUUACUUCUUGGGAAAGCUUAUUCAGACUGGGGCCAUGUUAGUGAUGCAGUAGCUAUUUAUGACCAACUAAUUUCUAGCAAUCCAAAUGACUUCCGAGGUUACUUAGCCAAGGGAAUUAUUUUGAAAGAAAAUGGAAAUGUUGGUGAUGCAGAGAGGAUGUUUAUACAACAAUCAGGCUUAUACUCACUGAGGAAAACUGAAGCAACGUUACUUGCUUGAGCAAAAGAGCUAAAUGGAGUUGGUUGGUUUGGAGGAUUCACAACUCAAAAUUGUGGAGAUUGGAAAAGUCUAUACAGGUGUUCUAACUAAUCCUUCGUAAAGGGAGGCAUCUCCUGAGUAGAUUGUUGCUCCUAUUCUGCCCCUGCCGCUUGGAGGGCUUGGCUGUCAGUGCUUGGAGCAGAUCUGUUUUCAGCAUUUUCUUCCUUAAAUUUGGUGGUUUUCCAUGAAUAUUUCAUCAAGUUUCAUGUGUAUGCCACGGUUUUUUAUAAUGGUCACACCAUGGCAUUUUUUCCCUAUCAUAUUUAGUCAUUUCUCACUAUAGCUAGUGCAGAAUUUUGAUCAAGAUCAGGUUUUAACGUGACUUUUCUCCUAGAUUCUUGUCUUCUAAUUUCAUAGAAGGCUUCUCUAAUAGAAGGUAACAGUUUUUUUUCCAA